AUGGAGCCCUCUGCUAUCCUCUCCGUUAUCUGCAAUGUCUUCCAACUCAUCGAACAGGCCAUCGGUGCCGCUAAAAUCUGCAAGGAAAUCUACGACCGCGGUUCUCUAGAUGAGAACGAUAAGAUUGAGAAAUACGCCGAGGACAUCACGGCCUUGAACAAGGAUUUGGUCCUUGUUCUCAACAACAACAACAACAACCCUACGACUCUACCUCCUCCUGCCAAAAAGCUACAGCAACUUGCGAACGAUGUCUCAAAGACAGCGGUGAAGCUCAAGAAGGAGCUCAGUCAACUAAAACUCAAGAAAAAUCAGGGCAUCAGGGCCAAAGGCAGCGCGCUCAGUAUGAUGCUCAAAAGCUUGAAAAAAAGGGGUACUAUUGAUAAGCUUCGAGCAGAGCUGAAGCGGCAGGAUGCGGCUCUGCAAUCUUGCCUGGUGCAAGAUCUUCAUAUCAAGGCCGACCAGGACGUCAUGUUUCUACAAAAGGAGUUCGCAGCCUUGUCGCAAGGCCAAAAGGACACCAUCACAAGGCUAUUAGGUCACAUCCAACAGGCCUCAACUGAUGUUAAAGCUUCAGUCACAGCUGCAGAGACAAACAUAAUGUCCUCAAUCACAACUGCACAGGCAAAUAUAACGGCACAGCUGAACAGCCAGCAAUAUGCUCAUACGAAAUAUACUCAAGAUCACGAUUCGAAUGCUCUCAGAAAGCGAGUUCUAGAUAGGUUGGCUUUUCCCGAAAUGUAUGAUCGGCGCAAAAUGAUUGAUAACCAUGUGGGCGAGUUCCGUAAUACCUACCACUGGAUAUUCUAUCCACCACCCCGCACCGAUUCUCAUCAGCAACAUGAGUUUGUUGCAUGGCUUCGAGAAGGCAGGGGAAUCUUUUGGUUUAGUGGAAAGCCUGGAAGUGGGAAAUCGAGCCUCAUGGCCUAUAUUUACCAGAAUCUUCACACAGGCCAAGUUGGCUUUGAUCAUCUGAAUGUCUGGGCCCAGCCGCAAUCUGUCCGCCUACUCAGUUUCUGGUUCUUCAGGCCCGCCAGCUGCGUAUUUCAGAAAUCCCUGGAAGGGUUUUGGAGAUCGCUGUGUUUUCAGAUCCUGGAAGCAGACGAAACGCUGGUUGAAACGAUCCGUAACAACAACAACGGCUCGGCUCCUGAAACUCUCAAGUCAUUCUUUGGCCAAGUACGACCGCAUUCUGAAAGUUGCACGAAUGCUGAGCUCAAGGCCUGGGCUCAAAAUGUGAUUACCCGGUGUGCAGGUCUUGUUGAAUGUGUGGAUCAUGUCUUCUACGACAACUCCGAAGCGUGCCAUUCUGAAUCACUAGCCACGUUGCAAAAGACGAAAGUGCGAUUUAUACACCGAAGUGUGUACGAUUUUCUACUCGACAAAGACCGGUGCGGUACCGCGCUUGUUGAUGCUUGUGGCAUAUCUGAGCAAGAAACAUUCAAGCGAAUGGUGCUAGCCUCUGGAAUAUAUUUCAUCAUCAACAGCAACAGGAAACUUGCACCUACAUGGAUAUGUAUGCUCUACAGCCAAGGGGUACCCAAGAGUCACUGGACUCCGCUUGAAACAACUGUCCUUGAUGCUGUCUUCUCGGCUGAGCAAGCGCGAUUUCCUAUACCACUUCCCAUGCAAACUGCCGGUUUAGAUGAUGAGUGGAGACCUCUCUUCCAUGACUACAACCAUAAUUACCGUCAAGAAAUUUGGUGUCCUCAUCUCUCCUCUGUCGACAAUCGCCUACUUUACGAAGCUGCAAAAUACUGCGUAUUGCCCUAUCUCGAGGAAAAGCUGGUAAAUUUCGACCAGAAAUACAGGAUCCUCGCCAUUGAAUUCUGCAUCCUGUGCCUGAUCCGCACUGACGGCUGCUUUAUUAACUUGGGUGAUGUUAGCCACUUCCUGGGCCUUUUCCAAACAAAGCUAUCAUUGAGUCAAGAUCUCACAAUCUUUUACGUGCCUGGAGAAUUGGAUGGAAGUUUCUUGUCGACGUGCCCGUUCUAUGAACACGUCCACCUCGCAUCAGCUGCGUUACUCUCUCGAUGGGGUGCUCGAUACACGACGAAGGUUAGGCAAGAUUUGAGGGAAUUGUGCUCAAGUCUUCGGCCUGAAAAUGGCAUCAGACCGCGCAUUGACGGUUGGUCCAUUAUUGACACAAUUUAUCAAAAUUAUCACUAUGUCAUUGACGCUUUCCCUGUACCGGACCAAGGAGCAGCAUUUCGGAAGAACUCGAAGUGGGAUCAUGUUUUGGCCACUUCUAUGUUGCUACACGAACCUGAAGAGCUGAGUUUCUCCCAGUAUUCUCCAUCGGGAUCUGAUUUCUUCUUCGAUGUCGAGCCGAGAAUCAGUACGGCUCUAUCGCAACUAUUAGUAGGAGAAUCACGGAUUAACGAUGCUAGACAUUUCAUUCUGUCAGGGCACUUCGCGGACAUCCUUAAUUGCCAUUUAGAUGUAUUAACGCCUUGGAACAUUGCGUCAAUUGUCAGUAGCGGCAUCGUCAGUGUCGGCCCUUACAAUCACACUCCUCUCAUCUUUUCAAAAGGCCGAUUUAAAGGCGUGGGUAAGUACGAGGCAGCAUUCUGGGGACGGCGUUUGAGGCGUGGAAAAUUUGACGAGCAUUUCGAGUCUGGUCCUGAGAAUGACCCUAUUCUGAAAGAAAUUAUGGACGUCCUCAAGGACCACUGGCGCCCUGAUCCUGUCUAUCAUGAGACAAGUGAUGAGGACGGGGACGGGUACGGUGUGGACGAAGAGCCUUCUGGGACAUGA